CAUCGUCCGAUUCCUCCUUUUUUUUCCUCACCUCGGCCGGCGCCUCGUCCGAGCGCCGUUUCAUAUAAAAGCUCGCCCUGAUCUGAUUCCCAUUACAUUCGAUACCAUUCGUCAAGUCAGUACAAUGGCAUUCAAGGUUAUCAUCUUCGCUGCUUGCUUGGCUGCCGCCAAUGCCGGUGUCAUCGCACCAGCAUACAGCGCGUACGCCGCCCCCGCCUACGCAGCCCCCUACGCCGCUCCGGCUUACUCCGCCUACGCUGCCGCCCCUGUGGUAGCUAAGGUAGCCGCCCCAGUUGCCUACUCCUCAUACGCCGCUCCCGCCUACGCUGCCCCCGCCUACUCCACCUACGCCGCCCACGCUCCCGUCGUCGCUAAGGUCGCUGCCCCGGUCGCCUACGCCGCCCCCGCUUACUCCGCCUACGCUGCCCCCGCCUACGCCCACGCCCCCGUGGUCGCCAAGGUCGCCGCCCCGGUAGCCUACGCCGCCCCCGCCUACUCCACCUACGCCGCCGCCGCCCCCGUGGUCGCCAAGGUCGCCGCCCCAGUCUACGCAAAGGCCGCCGUCGUCGACGAAUACGACGCCAACCCCCAAUACAGCUUCGCCUACGACGUCAACGACUCUCUGACCGGUGACUCCAAGUCCCAGCACGAGACCCGAUCUGGCGAUGUUGUCCAGGGUAGCUACAGUUUGACCGAGCCCGACGGCAGCAGAAGGACCGUCGACUACACCGCCGACCCGCACAACGGUUUCAACGCCGUCGUCCACAAGGACACGCCCGCCGUCCACGCCGCCCCCGCCGUCGUAGCCGCCAAGGUCGCCCCCGUCGCCUAUGCCGCCCCCCACUACUGAUAACCUUGGAGUUCGGGCCACCCCUGAACUUGAAACGAAUCUGGUCAAAUCAUCUCUCAUUGUGUAAAUUAUUAUUAAUUUAUUCACUGCCAUUUCAUCGAAUAAAAGUUACCAAACCGA